AUGAAAAAGGAAAUCACAGAUGACGUAAUCACGGCGUACAAACAGGAAAGAGAAAAUCUGAAGGUGUCCACACAGAAGUGUGAACGGCUGAAGGUCGCUAUACAGAAUACAUUAGCGACGUCCGCUACAGCUCUACAGAGGAACGACCAUAUGGACACGAUCCGGUGUUACCAGAAAGGUCAGACGGAGCUCGAGGCUUGUAAGGAUCUAGUGAAAGAAAUGCAGAUGUCGAUUUCAACUGUCAGUAUUGAACAUGAUAUCGAUUCGGACGUGACAAGUCUGAACUUUGGUAAAAUCUUUGUCCGAAAGCAGCGAAGAGAUUUCCCAGGUGUCCCAACUCUCGUCAAACCUUUAUCCCAAUGUGAAGUAAAGGAAAUAAGAAAGGUGAACAUAAAAUGUCCGUCUGACCAAGGUUAUUGUGUAGCCCGUGGUGUUGUAUACCUUCCUGACGGCAGAAUUGUGGUGGGAAAUAACAACAAUCAGAAGAUCAAGUUAAUAAACGAUGAGGGGAAUGUUGUGGACGAGUUAAACUUGGAUGGAGAUCCGUGGGAUCUGUGUAUGGUGGAUAACACCACUGUGGCGGCCGCUAUAACGAGCCCGGGAGGUAUACGUGUAGUGACUGUCACAUCCUCCAAACUUACACUAUCGUCUGUAAUAAACAAAAACAAACAAUAUUACGGUAUAACGUACAGAGAUGAUGAGUUUAUCGUGAGUACAGGAUCCGAGGUCUGCAGUGUUAAGAAAGACGGGACGACCAAGACGUUAUAUCGAUAUACUGGCAAUGUACACGCGUUGUCACAUGAUUCCAAGGACGGACAGCUCUUUAUCGCCCAUUAUACCAACAGUACUGGCAGAACGGCGAUUGGUAAGUUGUCCACUGACAACAAGUACACGGACGUGUUGAAGGUUGGUGUAGUUAAGUAUCCGUAUGGAGUGGACGUCGACGUGGAAGGUAACGUCUAUGUCUGUGGUAACGGCUCACACAACGUGGUACAGAUGUCCGGGGACGGGACCAACGUCCGGGAACUGUUAACGGGAGCGGACGGUAUCGCAUGCCCGAGUGCAAUAUCUGUUUGUGGUGAUAAACUGGUGGUAACAAACGGAUCAGGUCAGAGGGAUUCCAUCCAAGUGUUUCAACUUGUAUGA